AUGGAAAUGGACACCUUGGAGGGGGAGAUCUAUUCAUGUACCAGUAGGGCCGGAAGCAUCAACAUGUGGCCCAGUUUUGACAGCAAACAGCAAAAGGACGGCUCUGACGGGAACGAGGAAUCCAAACGGCGAGCAUGGAGGAAGGAGAACCUGCCCAAAUCUGUCCCUCCUAAACAGGUCACGGCAAAACCAAAACCACCCCAGGACAAACUUCCCUUGAUAGGCAGCCCUGGACACAAGACAACAGCCCCUCCUCAGCCGCCUCAGCGCCCGUCUCCACACGUGAAGCGGAAGCGUGCCGCCACCACCGGCCACCUAUCCACCGCCCCGCCCCCGCCCGACCGCAUGGCCCCCUGGGAAGGCCCCGCGCUGUCGGACUCCUCCUUCACCAGCAUCCCCCGCCCGCCUCCCCCACCUCCGCCUCCUCUGCUACCCCCAGCCCCGCCUCCAUCCACCACCACGCCCAACCCUUCUCAGCCUAUCAUAGCCCAGAGCGGCGGGCGCAGUGGCGGGCGCGUGAGGCGGGCGCGUCUGCCCCCGCCCCGCAGGCCCCCGCGUCCCCCCCGGCUGCCGCCCCUGCGGCCCGUCUCCAACCUCAGCUUCACCCGCAGCUUCACCUUUUCGUUCUUCGAGCUGCCGCUGCACCAGUCGGCGCACAGCCGUGCCGAGCGGCUCAAGGACCUCACCGUGCUGCUGCGACAGACACAGUACUGAGUUGCACUGCGAACCCCAGGACUGACACAUGUGGACUAAGUGCCCCAUACAGACGUAUUGCACUAGUAGAACUCACUGAUUUUAGAGGCUGACUCUCGCAUGUCACUCUCGUACAGGUUCAAGGACCUUCCCAUGCCGCAGCGACCAGGGCUUGGGAUCCCUUGGCUACAGGUUACUGUGCAUCAGAUCCACUACUGAGCUACAGUUGCCUCUGGGACUGUGGACUUGAGCCUACAUGUAGCAAGGGGCUUCAAACAGGCAAAUCACACUAGUGGUUCAUUAACAAAAUGUCUGUCACCCAUUCAUGUUCUAUUGCCUUUUUCGUUGAAUAUUCAUUACACCGCCAUCAGUUCCAAGCAUUCCUUGAACAUUUACAUUUGCAUGGAUGAAAUGGGGUCCUUAGUCCUGCAUUUAAUCCAGUUUUGGCCCUAUCGCAGAUCCAUGCAGAAAAAAACAAAUUUAAAGUAGUACUUUCCAUUUUUCAGCUGGUUGAAGAAGAGUUCUUUCUUUGUGAUGGCAUGCUCCUGUAGCAGAUCCAGUAAUGAGCUGCCUAUGUACAGUAUCUAUGCUCCACACAGUUAAAUCACACUAGUGCUUCAUUAACAAAAUGCCUGUUAUGCAUAUAACCACACUAACCGUUACCCGUGUGCUUAUUCAAACCAUUAGCCCAAACCCCUUUCUUCAGAAUUCCUCACCAUAGAUUUGUGCAUGGGAGAGGGACAGAU